AUGGGUCUAUUGGACAAACUCGCAAGCAAAGUCGGCGGCAACUCGGGUCGACCCCCCUCGCAGCAGUACGGCGGUGGAGGUGGCUACGGUCAGCAACCCCCCUACCAGCAUCAGCAGCAGCAGCACUACGGGGGUGGCGGGUACAACCAAGGUCCGCCUCAGCAGUCGUCUGGCUAUCCUGCUGCUGCAUCUCCUCAGCCGCAGGGUGGAGAGAAGCCCAAGGACGACGAUCGGCCGUUGCCGGACGGAUGGGUGAAGCAGUGGGACUCGAACUACUCGCGCUACUUCUACGUCGACACGCGCGCCACUCCGCCACGGUCCAUCUGGGUCCACCCGAAUGACGAAAACAAGUCGAGCACUCCAGCUGCAGGCGGGUAUGCUCCUCCACCCGGUGGGCCUCCCGACAACCGUGGCUACGGCCAGCAGCCUUAUCCUCAACAGCAAUACGGUCAGCCGCAGUACGGUCAACAGCCAUACGGCGGAUACCAGCAGCAACCCAUGUACCAGCAACAGCCCAUGAUGGCCGGUGGUCCCAUGGGCGGCAUGGGCGGUCGCAGGUUCGGCGGCGGCGGAGGAGGCGGCAUGGGCAUGGCCGGAGGUGCCGCGCUCGGUCUCGGUGCCGGCAUGCUCGGCGGUGCAUUGAUCUCGAACCAGAUGAACGACGCUUACCAGGACGGAUACCAGGACGGCGCCCAGGACGACUUUGGCGGCGGCGGCGACGACUUUGGCGGUGGAGACUUCUGA